AUUCCGUGCGUCUCGCCCCAGCCGCACGCCGAUUGGCCGCGCACGCCAACCGUCGGUAUUUGAAUCGGCGGCGGGGAGAGGGGCUCCCGGACUCGGCGCCUCCCGCUUUCCUGCUUCCGCGCGGCGGCCGACAGAAUGAGUCUGCACAUCUUUAGUGACGAGAAUGUCACUGAUGACAAAAGCACAGAGAACUGUGACUUCCUGUUUUCACCACUGGAAGUUACCGGAAGGUUGCCUGUACUCCGUCUGUCACAGAAAGAAAAUGUGCCACCCAAGAGCACAGCCAAAGCAGUGAAGGUGACUUUUCAGACACCUCUGCGGGAUCCACAGACACACAGGAUUUUAAGUCCCAGCAUGAGCAGCAAACUUGAAGUUUUUUUAGCUCUGGGCGACACCCCUGGAUUAGAAAACUCCCACCAAGUCUGGACCCAGAAGGAGAACCAACAGUUUACCCAGGAAACAGAGACCAGAACAACUAAUGGAAUUCUGCAGAAGCCAGCAGUGGAGGGGGCCAACCUUCCUCCAGGGUUCGUGAGACCAGCAUCUGAAGACAGGCUUCCCAGUGGGCCUGCCUGUGCCGGUCUGGGUCCCUCAAGCUUCCCUCAAAUGCCAGAAAGUGUUGAAAACCAAGUGGCAUCUUCAGGACAAGUGUCGAGCAGCCCUGAACAAGCUUGGGAGGAGCACGUCCAUUCUCAUUCCUCAGAGGAAAGUGUUGCAUCCACCCCCAAGAUUCUAGAACACCCUCCCGGGAUGGCGUCCCAAGACACAGACAGAGCAGAGGACCCGUGUAGCCUCCCAGGAGAAAACCCGGACGCGGUUCCUGCUUCCCGCGUGGGGGCUGCUCCAGCUCCCGGUACUCCCCCCGGAGGAGCCCACGCAGGGGAGCCCCACACAGACCUGCCUGGCGAGGGCCCCGUGGGCCCCGAGGCCACUGCCCCUGCCGGCCCUGUGGAGGCUGGAGGGGCCCCAGCCCCCAGUGCUCAGAGUGAGGAGGGCAGGGGCCAGGAGGCCAGCUCUUUGAGAAGCGGGCCUGUGAGGCUAGAAUUUGACUUCCCUGAUGAUGCCACCAGCAAAAAGCCACCUCCACUGAGGAAACGAGGGACGGCCCCAGGUCUCAAACCGCCCUCAAGGAGACCAGAGAUGAGGCAGGAAAAGGCCACUAUGGCUGCGGGUGAGGGUCCUGAUCCCCCUCCACGAGGGUCUGGCAGCCUGGAUGGGGACAAGCUGGAUGACCCAGACUUUAACCCAUGUGGAGGUGACAGAGAGGCCUGGCCCCCGGAGCACCCCCAGAGCAGGCCAGCCGGGCCUGCAGCCGCAGAGGACUCAUCACCAAGCCAGCAGGUGCUUUCAGCCUCAGCAGAUGACACACCUGGGGUACAGAGCCCGGCAGGGACCACAGGAGCUGCAAGUGAGGAGGGAUCCUCAGGCUCUUCGGGUGCACCAGCUCCCACUAGCAGCCCGAGCACUGAGUCAGUGACCGCGCCUGCCGACCCCGCGCCCCCUGCCCCUCAGGGCCUGGAGCCCGCCUUGGACCUGACUGGGGAGCACUUCCGAGACCCCACUGAGGGACAGCCGUGGGGCCCUCCGCACAUAGGUGGGACCAGAAGCCAUGGACGCGCUCCACUAGGCCAGCGACCUGGAGGCACACAAUGUGCGGUUUUGUGUCUGGUGUCUUUCACUGAACAACAAGGUGUACCUAGAGGACCUGGUCACAUUGUGCUGACUGUGGGAGGAGCCGCCCAGCCGUUCUCCGCAGGCCCACACCUCUUACCCCUCCAUGGGCAGCACCCAAGGGCCAGCUGCACAGCGUCCCGCCUGCACACGGUGCUGGCUGCAUGUCACGGUCCCCCACCAACGAGCCACAUUUGUCCACUUCUAGGCACGGGGGCUGAAGUCGACUACCUGGAGCAGUUUGGGGCUUCCUCGCAGUUUAAGGAGUCAGCCCUGAGGAAGCAGUCCUUGUACCUCAAGUUCGACCCGCUCCUGCAGGACAGCCCUCGGAGACCGGUGCCCGCAGCCCCUGAGACCAGCAGCGCACGGGGUGUGGACACGCCUUCCUCGGGAAGCCCCCCCGAGGCGAAGCUGGUGGAACUGGACUUCCUCGGCACCCCGGGUGUUCCCGCACUUGGCCCGAUUCCAUGUGACCUCGGGCCCGGGGGCCCGCUGUUGCCCGUGGGGCCCAUUGUGGACGUGCUGCAGUACAGCCAGAGGGACCUGGACACAGCGGUGGAAGCAACACAGAAGGAGAACGAGGCACUGAGGAGCCAGUGCGCCGAGCUCCACACCAGGAUCCUGGAGAUGGGGAAGAUCAUGGAUGGGUUUGAGGGGACCGUGUAUCAAGCGAUGGAGGAGGCUCAGAAACAGAAGGAACUUGCCAGAGUUGAGAUCCAGAAGGUUCUGAAGGAAAAGGACCAGCUUACUGCAGACUUGCACUCCAUGGAGAAGUCUUUUUCUGAUCUUUUCAAGCGGUUUGAGAAACAGAAAGAGGUGAUCGAAGGCUACCGUGCGAACGAAGAGUCCCUGAAGCAAUGUGUGGAGGGCUACAUAGGGAGGAUCGAGAAGGAGGGCCAGAGGUACCAGGCGCUGAAGGCCCACGCAGAGGAGAAGCUCCAGCUGGCCAACGAGGAGAUCGCGCAGGUCCGCAGCAAGGCCCAGGCGGAGGCUCUGGCGCUGCAGGCAGUCCUGAGGAAGGAGCAGAUGCGGGUCCACUCCCUGGAGAAGGUCGUGGAGCAGAAGACUAAGGAAAACGAUGAACUGACCAGGAUCUGUGACGACCUCAUUUCCAAGAUGGAGAAAAUCUGAUGGGGAGGUCCUGACCUGUGCCCGGCUCUCCUGUGUGUGUGUGUGUCUGUCUGACUCUUUUUUCUUCUCUAUUAACCUUAACUCGUUUUUAAACUAGGUUGCUUUAGGAAGAAGACCAAAUAAAGUUUUCCUUAAGUCUAA